AUGUGUACUGUCUUAACGUGUACAAUCUUGGUAUGUCUGAUACUGAUAAUAGUCUUCUCGGUCAACAAGAACAACGACGAAGAAUCCCCCACCACCAAACUCGUCUCAUCCACCGAUGGAGGGGGACUUCGACCACCCGACAGCAGUGUGGAAAAUACUAACGACAAUAGCAAGGUUCCAAUGGUAUCCAACAUUCCCUUGUCGUCUCCCACAACUUUUGCACCAACAAUAUCACCAACAAUAUCUCCGACUACUUCUGCAAUGCCAUCCUCCUUUCCCACCGGAUUGGCCGAUCGACCGUUGAAUUGCGUCCAGUCGGUGGUGGACAGCGAUACGCUUUUGAUUCCACACAGCAGAGAUUAUUAUCGAGGCGAUGUCCAUUGUUUACGACUUGGUCAAGAAUAUGCUUACUUUGGAUUCACCUGGAUGGGUCAAUUUGGUUUGUUUGUCAAUGAUACCAGCGUUUGGACCAUUUCCAGUGCUGCAAUCAUGGAGGACGCCCAUCGAUAUGUCUUUCAAAACGAUGGCAAUUUGAUAUUGGACGACAUGGAUGGCAAUCCAUUAUGGAAGUCACGGUCGGAAAAUUCUUUUGAUGGUCAAUUGAGAGUCUCGUUCGAACGAGUAUGGAUUGAAACCACCAUGGGAUUCUCCCCUUGGUCCGAACCAACACCACCACCACUUGUGAAUGACUAUCCCGAUCCAAAUGGCGCAUUGCAAUAUUUUGCCUAUUAUUAUCCUUGGUACCGUCGGGGCGAUUGGAGCCGACACGGAUAUCAAGACGAACCUUUGUUGGGCAAAUAUGGAACCGACGAGGUGGCCGUGGCCGAACAACACAUUGAAUGGGCGCUUCAGACCGGCAUUUCGACCUGGGUGGUGAGCUGGUGGGGGAAUUCGUCCUUGAGCAUGCGACACUUUUCCGCCGGCAUGAUGCAGGCGCCUUCGCUUUCCAAAAUCAAAUUUUGCAUCCUGUACGAAACUACAAUUUUGGACGAUCGCGGUAGUUGGUACAAUGGAACCAAGGAAGAAUCAUUGUUUGAAGAUCUAAAGGUUAUUCGGGAUGAAUUCUUUGACCAUCCUUCCUAUUUGAAAAUCAAUGAUCGACCGGUCCUUAUCUUCUACAUUACACGAUCCCGAAUGAGCUUUCUAGAAGGAUUUGAUGGAGUUUCGGUCCUUGCCAACAUGCGCGAGCGGUUGGGUACGGACAUUUAUUUCAUUGCCGACGAACCCUUUUUCAAUACCUACUUUGAAACACCCGAGGAAAAUGGAAAUGCCUUUGUCAAUGGCACUCAAGUCUUUGAUGCCUACACGACCUACAACAUGUUUCGAAACAGUGUAGUCGUGGAAGGAGAAACGGCGACGGAGUAUCAAUUGAGAGAAGGCAUGCCCAUUUGGCAAAGUUGGGCCGAACAGCUGCCCUUGUUUCCCAACGUCAUGCCACAAUACUAUGACUUUCGUGGACACGAGCCACUCUUGGGGAGCUCGGAGGAUUUCAUGUUGCAGUUGCGCGAAGUGGCAUGUUUGCCGCGGACCAAUUUCAGUGGUGCACCGCAUAUCAUGUUUAUCACUUCCUUUAAUGAGUGGUGGGAAGGGACUCAAAUUGAGCCAGAAGAUGGAUCACUCGACAAUUGGAACAAUUAUGGAUUCCAAUUCAUGGAGACAUUGGCCGCCUUUAAAAAGGAAGUGGACGCCACUGGAACUCCUUGGUGUGGAGAAGAAGAGGAUGACAGGUAG